AUGUCCCCAUGUCUGGGAUCGCGAGAUGAUGUACGUAAGAAGUCCAGGGAGGCCCUUGAGGGAGUCACCCAUGUACGAACAGUCAUUGGAGAGAUAGGGGCCGUUGGAUCUGUUUACGACGUUACCAUUGCAUACCUGGACGAGAGAGAUUCACCACGGCACCCAAGAAGAACAAGACCGGCCACCCGCCGUCCUGCAGCACGCCGUUCCACAGUUGAAACCACCGCCUCAUCCUCAGCACCAUCUGCGGCAUCAUCCGCCGCAACACCUGCGGCACCACCUUCAGUAACAUCUGCAGUAACAUCCGCAUCAGUUUCCUCGCCAGCACCUCCGACGAUGUCGUGGGAUUUUCUUCCCAUGGGAAGCAGCUCACCUUUCCAGAGGCAGACGGAAGAAAACAUGUUUCAUCCGUACACCGUGCCAGGCCUUUCGAGCGGCAGUAAUCCAAUCGACUUCCAGCAAGGGCUGCCACCUGUGCCACCGCAAGCAUUCGCCAGCGUCCCAGCACAAAUCAACCCAGGGGUAGCAAUUACCUCAAUGCCCCCGAACGCUUUCAUUUUGCCAAACUUUCAGAUGGAGGCGCAAGCGUUCCUCGCCGGUGGUUUCAAUGCAAUGACUGGACUGUCAUCCAAUAUGGUCAACAUUGCACCUUUCCAGCCAGCUGCGACAGGAGCAGUCUCGCUUGACGCAACAACAACACCAGAGUCAUCUGACUAUUUUGACGACAUCAAACUGGAAGACGAUCAGGAUCUCGAGGCUCUCGUUGAACAGAGCAUGAACAUUCAUUCACACCAAAUGAUGCCCCAUAGUCCAAGCUAUUCGGGCACUGCAUGGGAAUCGGUACAACAAGCCCUGCCUCUACAAGAGAGACAAGCGCAGGACUCGCCUGGUAUACUAGCUUUUCAGAUCCUCUCCCAGUACCUUUCUGAUUAUUGUGGCAAGAUUCCAGAGUCAUGCGCAUGUAGACCUGGCAACGGUCUGCUUGGCUGCGUGUUGCAUCCCUACAAUGAGACAGCGAUCUCGAGAGUCAAAGCGUUUCUAGAAAUGCAGGAGCAGCCCGAGGAACUAAGCAGCAGAGAAUCAUCAGUCGUAUCUGAUGAAGUUGAAGCUUUCGACUCUGCCCCGACCCCGACUUCAGACAUUCAGCUUCCUGGAUGGACCGACAUCUAUCAAGAUGGCAUUUUUGACGGCUACGUCGAUGUGGGCGGCGACUUGGGCCACAACCUGGGCAACGACCUGGGCGGUAACCAACUGGAUGAUUGGUCGGACUUCGGUGAUUUGACGAUCCAGUAA